GUUUAUUGUCAAAACACUGCGUUCAGUUUGUAUACGAAAUCCAACGUCCCGGACUAAAAUAUUUUUUAACUGUUCGAACUGUUGAAUAACGCAAACUUAAACCAUGCCAAACAGUAAGGAAACUGGAACCGAUCCCGAUCCUGUGGAUGAUCUUAAGUUAAGCGGUCGCGAUAGCGUCGCCUUGAAGGAUCUGCUGCAGAAGCGACUUUUGGAGUGCGGAUGGCGCAAGGACAUUGAGGAAAUGAUACGCCACACCAUUGAGGAGCGCGGAGUGGCCAACUUGAACCGCGACCAACUGGCUGCCGAAAUAGUCCCCCAUGCUCGCGCUCUGGUGCCUGAUGUAAUCAAAAAGGAGAUGCUGAUGCGCGUGCGCGCCGCCCUGGAAUCCUCGCUUCCCCCGGAGAAGAACUGACUGCCCAUCCAGUCCCAUUCAAAAGGCCGGGCUCAGCUGAGCAUUUAACGGAUUAAAACUGCACGUCCUAAAUUCUAGCACACGUGUUUGUGGUUUAUUAUCGUAUUUCGGUAGAUAUUUACAUACUUAUGCUAGUUAUGAGUUGCGCCAUUAGUUAUACAAUAUGCAUGUAAUAAAUAAACAACCUAAUUGUAGUUAAAAUA